AUGUGGGACGCCGGCAGCGAGGCCGCCCCGGCGGGGCCCCCGCCUCCGCCCCCCGCCCCCGCCGUGACCCCGGCCCCGUCCUGGGCCCUGGCUGGCGGUAGUGUUCUAAGUGAUGAAGAGCAAUGUACUUAUCUUUCAAAAUCUCCAGAAAUUAUUGGCCAUCUCCAGGAGAAUUAUUAUAAUCUAUGUGUGGAAAAGUCCCAGAAAAUUAACUAUUUUAUAUUGCAUAAGCUCCAAGAAGUGGAUAAAGAAAUUGAAAAGGGAUUGGAAGGACUCACAUUAAACAUUGCUGGUAACAGUUGCUUAAUGCCAGUAGAAAGAGUAACAUGUGAAGAUUUUUGGAUUCUUUCCAGAAUUUUAAAGAAGAAUCUAUAUAUUAAUGGUUUGGAUGUUAGAUAUAACCUCAUAAGUGACAUUGGUGCAGACUAUGCUGCAAGACUGCUCCAGAAACAACAUAAACUCAUUUACUUAAAUCUUAUGUUUAAUGAUAUUGGGCCCGAAGGUGGAGAACUGAUUGCUAAAGCACUACAUAAGAAUACAACUCUGAAAUACCUCAGAAUGACUGGAAACAAGAUUGAAAAUAAAGGUGGAAUGUUUUUUGCUGCAAUGCUGCAAAUUAAUUCAUCUUUAGAAAAAUUAGAUCUGGGUGACUGUGAUCUGGGAAUGCAAAGUGUGAUAGCAUUUGCUACAGUCCUAACUCAAAACCAAACAAUUAAGGGAAUAAACCUAAACCGACCUAUACUGUAUGGUGAACAGGAAGAGUCCACAGUUCAUCUAGGCCACAUGUUGAAAGAAAAUCACUGCCUUGUUGAACUACACAUGUGUAAGCAUAAUAUAAAAAACUGUGGUAUAAAACAGUUAUGUGAUGCACUGUAUCUAAAUGGAAGCCUACGCUACCUUGAUGUCAGCUGCAAUAAAAUAACUUGUGAUGGAAUGGUGUAUUUGGCUGAUGUACUGAAAAUCAAUACUACCCUGGAAGUACUAGAUCUUUCUUUUAACAGAAUAGAAAAUGCAGGAGCAAAGUAUCUCAGUGAAACUCUUGCUUCAUACAACAGGAGUCUUAAAGCGCUGUCAGUAGUCAGCAACAACAUAGAGGGAGAAGGACUUGUUGCACUUUCGCAGUCAAUGAAAAUAAACCCCACCCUCUCAAAUGUCUACAUUUGGGGAAACAAAUUUGAUGAGGCUACAUGUGUGGCAUAUUCAGAGUUAAUGCAAAUGGGCCGUCUAAAACCAGACAAUACAGACGUGGAGGCAUUUGUGGUGGAUGGACAUGUGUAUCUUGCAGAAGUCUCGAAUGGCCUUAAAAAGCAUUAUUACUGGAGGCCAACUUAUGGAGCAGCUUGCAGGCACUCAGCUAAUGCAGGUUUUACUCUUGUACCAGUAGGUGGACAUCUAUGAAAAAACUAAAAUAAUUUUUACACGUUGUUUUACGUUAAUAUUUUAUUACCUAUUAAAUUUUUCUUUCAUAAUUUAGAACAUUACUUUUUUCAAAUGUGUAAAAGAUACAACUAUAUUAAAAUGACUUCGUAUAAUUUUCUAAAAGCAAUUUUACAGGAGAGGGAAGAUGGCAGAAAAGGAGAACCCUGAAUUCAUUUCCCCACCAUGGACACAUGGAGGCAAAUUGCUACACAUAGUACAACUCACUUGAAAACCAGGACUGGCCAACAGAUCUUCCACAGCCAGGUGUAGCCAGGUGUAGAGACAAGGUCACAUCAAAAAGGGUAAGAGGGACAAAGAUACCAUAAGGAAUUAAACCCCUGGAGUGACUACUCACAAAGGUGAGGGCCUCACAAGGAGGAGACAUUCCACAAUGGACACCCCUGGCCCUGGGGAGUUGGACUGAGAAGACCAGUCUCUACAAUGUCUGGCUUUGAAAAUCAGUGUGGCUUAACUCCACGCUCAGUGGAGAGCUGGAGGGCCAUAGGAAAGGCCAUAGGAAGUCUCCACCCUUUAAAAGCCAGCACACUAAAUAACUAGGCCCGAUAGAGCACAGAAGCAGCAGUUUGAAAAGUGCCUGGGAUAUACGUGAGGGAGAUUUACUGACUUGUUUUAGGAUGUGUACAGGAAGGGCAGGAAAUACAGGAGCUUUCUCCAGGAAUGAAAGAGCUGGUGGGUGCCAUUUUCCUCGCUCUCUCCCAGCCUAGGCAGCCAGACACUUGUAGAAGCCAGUUAACAUUCUCCACUUACCUUGUUAGCACUGUGUGCCAUGCCCUGUCUAACCUGCCCCCUGUGGCAGGCACCUCUCCAUACCAAUUCCUGCCAUGGGGAGCUAACCCCACAUACCAGUGUACACGCAGCUGCUACAGCUAGGCUUCUCAGCUGGCUACAGAGCAAGCCCUACCCCUCAGUGUGUCUGCAGCAGUCACAGAGGCACCUAAGGGCCAGCUCUGCCGACUAAUAAACCCCCAGCUACUGUGACCAAGUCUCACAGCCAGCCACAUGGGAGGCAAGCCCUGCCCACCAGUGAGCACACAGUAGGCAAAGCAGAUCACUGCAGACAGAGGGCUGGCCCUGUCUGUAUGCUUUAGAGGCUGCAGUGGGGCUUACUAGCCAGCUGUGCAAGGAAAAACCCCUGCCCACCAAUGUACCCUCAACACUAGAGGAUGAGCAUUGUAGCCAGUGGAGUAGAGGGCUAGCGUCAUCCACCAGCAUGCUAGCAUCAGUCAUGGCUCGACCACAACAGGUUCUGGUGACCAGGAGGACUGCGUUGCAGGAAACCACAGUACCCCCUUCUACACAAGGCCACAACAUUCAAGACCAGGAAAAGCAGCUGACCUAAUUCCUAGAAAGAGACAAAAUGAGGAGACACAGGAAUAUGUCCCAAACAAAAGAAAGUGAAACCACAGAAAAAGAGCUAAAUGAAAGAUAAGCAAUAUGCCCAAAAGAGUUUAAGGUCAUGGUCAGAAAGAUAGUCAGCAGACUUGAGAGAAGAAUGAAUGAACUCAGAACUUCAACAAAAGAGAUAUAAAAUAAAAACUAGUCAGAGCUAAGGAACAGAAUAACUAAAAUUAAAAAUAUGCUAGAGGAAAUCAGUGGAUUAGAGGAUACAGAAAAACAUGCCAGUGAUAUGGAAGACAGGGUAAUGGAAAACAUCCAAGCUGAACAGCAAAAAUUAAAAUUUAGGUUAAGGGGACCUCUGUGACAUAUCAAGUGUGUGAACAUUUGCAUUAUAUAGGGAUCCCAGAAGGAGACGAAAGAAGGGGGACAGAAAACUUACUUGAAGAAAUAACAGCUGAAAACUUCCUUAACCUGAGGAAUGAAAUGGACCUUUAGAUGCAAGAAAUAAGGAGAGCCUUAAGAUGAACCCAAGGAGGAGGUGCACACCAAGACACAUAAUUAAAAUGGCAAAAAUUAGAGAAUCCCAAAGGCAAGAGAAAAGCAAACAGUUACAUACAUGGGAAACUCCCUAAGGCUAUGCACUCAUUUUCAGCAGGAACUCCAUCGGCCAGCAGGGAAUGGCAUAAUCAAAUUGCUGAAAGAAAAAACAAACAAACCCUGCAACCAAGAAUGCUCUAUUCAGCAAGAUUAUCACUCAGAGUUGAAGGAGAGAGUGUGUCCCAGACAAAGGAGUUCAUCACCACUAAACUAGCUUUACAAGGCGGUUCUUCUACUUCCUUUAGAUGUAAGGUUAGAUUGUUUAAAAUGCCCUUGUUUCUUGAGGUAGGCCUAUAUCACUAUACAUUUCCCCCUUAGAAAUGCUUCUGCAGGACGCCUGGGUGGCUCAGUGGUUAAGCAUCUGCCUUUGGCUCCGGUUGUGAUCCCCAGGUCCGAGGAUUGAGUCUGGCAUCAGGCUCCCCACAGGAAGCCUGCCUCUCUCUGUGUGUCUCUCAUGAAUAAAUAAAUAAAAUCUUUAAUAUUUUUUUAAAGGAAAUUCUUUAAGUGGAAAGAAAAGGCCACAACAGAAGAAAGUUAUGAGAGGAGAAAAUUUCCCAGUAAAAGCAAACACAUAAUUAAGGUAGAUCUAAAACUCAUAAGCCUAGUAAGAAAGUUAAAAUAAAAGCAGUAGGAUCAAUUAUAUCUGUAAAAAUUAGUCAAGGGAUAUACCAAAAAGAGGUAAAAUAUGGUAUCAUAUACAUAAAACAGGAAGAAGGGAAUGAAAAUUUAGUGCUUCUAGAGAACUAAAAAGACUCUGAUCUCAAUAUAAACUGAUAUACACACAGCGUGUUCUACAUGAACCCCAUGGUAACCACAAACCAAAAACCUGUAAUAGAUACACAAAAAGAGAAAGGAACCAAUCACAAGGGAAGAGAGAACUACAAAAAAUAACCAGAAAGCAACAAAAUGGUAUGAAUAAUAAAGUAUCAAUAAUUACUUUAAAUGAACUAAAUGCUCCAAGGAAAAGAUAUAAGGUGACUGAAUGGAUAAAAAAAAUAAGACCCAUCUAUAUGCUUGCCUACAAUAGACUCACUUCAGACCUAAAGAUGCAUACAGACUGAAAGUAAAGGGAUGGAAAAAGAUCUUCCACAUGCAAACAGAGGCAGAGAGAAUGUUGGGGCUACUAAUACUCAUACCCCCAAACUCAUAUCAGGUAAAACAGACUUUAAAACAAGACUGUAAAAAGAAACAAAAAGGUCAUUAAAUAAUGAUAAAAGAAUCAAUUCACUAACAGGAUAUAAGUAUCUGUGCAUCCAACUUAGGAGUGCCAUCUAAAUAUACAAAGCAAAUAUUAACAGACCUAAAGGGAGAAAUUGACAAUAACACAGUAAUAGUAGAGGGCUUUAACACCUACUUAAAUCAAUGGAUAAAUGGUCAAGACAGAAAAUCAAUAAGGAAACAGUGGCUUUGGGAUCUCUGGGUGGCACAGCGGUUUAGCGCCUGCCUUUGGCCCAGGGCGCGAUCCUGGAGACCCGGGAUCAAAUCCCACAUCAGGCCCCUGAUGCAUGGAGCCUGCUUCUCCCUCUGCCUGUGUCUCUGCCUCUCUCUCUGUGUGUGACUAUCAUAAAUAAAUAAAAUUAAAAAAAA